AUGAAACAGUUUGCGAAUUGUUCUGCAUGGGAGGAUGAGGUCAUAUCAACUCACAGCAAAAGGUCUGCACGUGUUGACGACGGGUCUCCGCUGAAAGCUGCUGCGAAGGCGGCGAAAAAAGCACCAGAGCCUGCAACUCCUGGGACUUCAGAUGUCCUUGAAGAAUGGGAGUUGACUGUUGGCAUUGAAAUUCAUGCCCAGCUCAAUACUGCGCACAAGCUCUUUUCCUCAGCCUCUACGAUAGCCACAUCCCAACCGAAUUCCAACGUGGCAGCCUUCGAUAUUGCAUUGCCCGGCUCUUUACCAGUAUUCCAGCCAGCCGUUGUCCUACCCGCUCUUCGCGCAGCUACUGCUCUAAGCUGUCGCAUAGAACCAGUCAGCUACUUCGACCGCAAACACUACUUCUACCAUGAUCAACCCGCAGGUUAUCAAAUAACUCAAUACUACCAGCCAUUCGCCAAAAAUGGUGUGGUCAGAUUGACCUCCGAUGAUGGCCUGGAAGAUGGUCGCGAAGUCGAGGUGCGCAUCAAGCAAGUACAACUGGAACAAGAUACCGCACGAAGUCAGGAAGAAGACGGCUCUACCACGCUAUUGGAUUUCAACCGUUGUGGCCAUGCGCUGAUCGAGAUCAUCACACUUCCCGAUAUCCAUACUCCUCGAGAUGCCGCCGCGUACGUGCGCAAAGUGCAGGCAUUAUUGUAUUCGGUUGAUGCCGUCACCACCGGCAUGGAACAAGGUGGAAUGCGAGCAGAUGUUAACGUUUCUGUCCGACGCCGGAAUGGAGAUAGUGAGACAGGCUUCGCAUACAGUGGUGUGACAGGAUUAGGUCAGCGAACGGAGAUCAAGAACCUGAGCACACUCAAAGGGAUUGAAGAUGCGAUCAAGGCAGAGCGAGAUCGACAAAUCAGCGUUCUCGACGCUGGUGGCGUUGUCGAAGGAGAGACUAGAGGCUGGUCUAUUACAAGCCCCCACGAAACUCGUCGGCUACGUGGCAAAGAAGGGGAGGUCGAUUACAGAUACAUGCCUGAUGCGGACAUUCCGCCACUGUCUUUGCACCCUGAUCUGGUAGGAUGGGUGGCCUGGACCAUGCCUCCUUCGCCGACGGAGCUUGUGGAAAUGUUGGUAGGGCGUUAUGGUCUUUCGGUCGCGGAUGCCAAGGUACUGGAAUCUCUCGAUGACCUUGAUCGCCUGGUGUACUUUGAAGAAGUCGUUGAUGAACUCAUUCGACUCAGCGGGAAUGAAGCAACGCCGACUGACGUCGGAAGAUUCGCUGGUAAUUGGGUCCUGCAUGAACUAGGCUCACUGUUUUCUACAAGCGAAAGCGCUUGGUCUGAAAAUGUGGUCCGUUCACGCGCUCUUGCAGAGAUCGUCUGGCUACUGAUGAACAAUGUGAUCACUGGGCCAUCUGCGAAGUUGGUUCUCAAGCUUAUCUUCGAAGGCGACAAGCGGUCUGUUAAGCAGAUCGUCCAUCAAGACAAUCUGGUGUAUUCCGAGAUGUCGUCCGAAGCAUACCAGGCCAUUGCGACUGAAAUCAUCGAAAAGUUCCCUCAACAUGUCAAAGACAUUGUUGAAAAGGGAAAGACGGGUAAAAUACAAUUUCUGAUGGGUCAAAUGAUGAGGCAUCCUCGAAAGGGCGAGUUGAAAGCGACAGAGGCCGAGAAGACCUUACGAGGACUGAUAUUCGGCAACAAUCCUUGA